CCGAUCCCGCCCCGCGCUGGCGUUGCCCCAGGGCCCGGGCAGCGGGGCCGCCGGGAAGAGCCGCUCCCAGCCCCGCCGCAGAUGUGCGCCGGGCCCCGAGGAGCAGUUCUCAGGCCAUACCAGAUUCUCAGGAGAGAAGCUCUCCAGUGCUCCCGGACAAUGGCAGGGAAAAAGGUCCUGAUAGUCUAUGCACAUCAAGAGCCCAAGUCCUUCAAUGGAUCUUUGUUGAAGAUUGCUGUGGAAGAAUUGACCAAGCAGGGCUGCAGUGUCACGGUGUCGGAUUUAUAUGCAAUGCAGUUUGAGCCAAGAGCAACAAGAAAUGACAUUGUUGGUCGCUUGCACAACUCGGAAGCGUUCAAUUACGGUGUGGAGACCUGGGAAGCUUACAAGAGGGGAGGUUUGUCCAAAGAUCUGGUUGAAGAGCAAAAGAAGGUGCAGGAAGCAGACUUGCUGAUUUUUCAGUUUCCCUUGUUUUGGUUCAGCAUGCCUGCGAUCCUGAAGGGCUGGAUGGACAGAGUCUUGGUCCAAGGCUUUGCUUAUGAUUUGUCCAAGUGUUAUGAUGGCGGUUUGCUCCAGGACAAAUUAUCCCUGUUUUCUUUCACCACUGGAGGAACCAAAGAAAUGUAUUCAAAUGGAGGUAUUGGUGGUGAUAUUCGCUAUGUUCUGUGGCCCAUGCAGCAUGGAAUCAUGCACUUCUGUGGUGUCAAAGUCCUUGAACCUCACAUCUGUUAUGCUCCAGAGAAUGUCUCUGAGGAGAAGAGGAAGGAGAUGCUGACUGGCUGGACCCAGCGUCUGAAGACUCUUUGGAAGGAAGAACCCAUAAACUGCUCUCCUGAGUGGUAUUUCAAGUAGUGUUCAGGUACAAGACUACAGAGAGAAGAUCGUUUUUCUCCAUUCUUUUGGAUGCUCUAUCUAAAUACCUGAAUGCUAAUCUCCUAAUUCAAAUGUCUUUUAAGAAUCUGGAAUACAGCAGCUAGCAGCUUAACUGAAAAUAUAGCAUUUAUCUUCAUUGAUUCCUGAGGGAUUCUCAUUAAGGAUGGGUGCAAAACUCUUUGUGAAGCUCUCCUUGCUGACAUAAACAGUGAUAUUAUCCUGCCUAAGUGUGAUUGAUAAGACGUGGUAUUUAAUGGGAGAUUAUACCAUUGCUGCCUGUGAAACUCUAAAGUACAUGGCCAAGGUUAUUUUAACGCUGUUUGUACCAGCUGCCACUUUUUUUAAUUGUCUAGGGAAUAUGCUGCCCUUACUCACACUUGUCAUUUAAAAGAGCAGGAGUGGCCAUGAGGGCUCUACCUUGUGCCUUUGAGCUAUGAAGCCAGAUCAUCAGCAGUGCAAAAGGAUGUACAGUUGCACAGUGACUUUGACAGCUGGAAAGCCUUGUGGGUAGCCUUGUGCUUUUCCACAUAUUCACAAAGCAAUGUUAAAGCUACAACACCUACCAAAAAAGGGGGAAAACAAAUACAAAUAUUGUACAGUGGUAUGUGCAUGAAUUGCCUUCCUUUGUAGACUGCACCUCCCAUUUUAAACUAAGUAGCUUCCUAAAAUCAAAGGGACCUCUCUAUUUUGGUUGCCCUCAGUGGAGACAAAAAGGAAUCCUGGGUGCUUCUGCCCCUUCACACCAGUCAGGGUUGGUGUUUGGGUCUGGACGGCAUUUGCAUCCCCUCCACCACCAGAGUCAAUGGGCUUCCUUGGAGAUCUCCAGCACUGGCAGCAGGCAAGGCAGGAUGCCUACCUGAAAACCUGCAGGAGCACUGUCUGUCUAUGGAUCAGGAUCUAGUGGGACAAAAGGACUGUCUGGCUCUUAACAUCCGUGAUUUUUACCUUGAAUUGUAGCAGGAGUAUUUUUGAGAGCUGUUAACCCUGUUGGUUCAUACGGCAAGGGGCAGGUUUCUCACUUAGCUACCCGACUUCUUGCUUUGACCAGCUCACCUAACAGCUGGCUUUGCACUUUGGUAUUAAAAGAAAGUGGCCCAAA